ACGUUUAUCAUCGCCUUAUAUAUCGCACGUUUUAAAACGCCUUCAUUUUCUUCUGAUAAAUUUGAGCUAAAAGAAACGGAUGAGACCAAUACUGCAGACGUUCAUUGGCUCAUAUGUCUGUUGCAAGUUUCAUUCCCAGUAAAAUAAUUAAGAAACAAAACCUCAUGUUUAAUGCUCAAAAUAUGAACAAACUUCGAUUUUAAAGAAGGAUCAUUUUUAACCAAAAAGUAAAAUCAAAGAAUGAUAGAAGGAUCAAGAAGAUACAAGAAAAGUUGAACUAGUGACUUUAGUGCGCAUUAAAGUUCAUACGGCAACUGUCAUAACGUACACAAUCUAUUCUGGCAGUCGAUAUCAGGUCUUGUGCAACUGGAAUCUGUUCUAUCGACAUGUUCACCCACUUAUGUAAUCAUACUAUACAUUAAUGUAAGCGAGUCUACAAAAAUUACAAUUACUGGAUUUUAGAGGUGUGGGGUGCCGGAUGCGCUAAGUGAUAUACAUAUAGCAAAAGUGGAUCUCAUUUGGAAAAGACGUCUAGCAUUGCUGUAAAAUAUUGAGGUGAAUAAAUACAUUCACCAAGUAAUUGAAAUAAAUGUGUAUUGCAGUUUAUAUCAAAAUAUGCAUAUAGUGUUCAAGGAUGGAAGUGCAAUUGUUGUUAGAUUAUGACAAACAUAGGUGAUAACCAAAAGCAUUAUAUUUAGGACGAAUAAUUAUGAAUACAACCACGCGUAGUGAUAUAGAUACGGAUAAGAGCACAUCUCUUCUGGCGAAAGACGAAUUACUAGAAUUGUAUCUCGGACCCAGAUUCCAGGAAACUUGGUCAGCAGUAAUUCUGCUCAUCAUAUAUGGAGUUAUAUUCAUUUCCGGAACUGCUGGAAAUAUUUGCACGUGUAUUGUGAUCGCACGGAAUAGCUACAUGCAAAAGGCAACUAAUUACUAUUUGUUUAGCUUGGCCAUUUCAGAUUUGUUUAUCUUAUUGCUAGCUCUACCGUCUGAAGCAUAUUCUAUCUGGGAGUCUUAUCCAUGGAGAUUUGGGGAGAUAUUCUGCUACAUCAAAGCGCUGCUUCAAGAGAUGACAUCAUAUGCGUCAGUUUUGACAAUAACCGCUUUUACAGUGGAACGUUACGUCGCAAUAUGCCAUCCACUUGAAGCUCACAAAUUUGCAAACCUUUCGAGAAGUGUAAAAAUACUAAUUGCAAUUUGGAUUAUUUCUUUAUUAUGUGCUUUACCAUAUCCUCUGCAUACGGAGCUGUUUUACUACAUUGACGCCGAACAUAAUAAUGGAACAAUAAUUGCAGAAUCAUUAAUUUGUAACAUGCCUCAGAAAUACCACUCAACAAUGGUGUACAUUUUCCAAUUUUCUACCUUCCUCUUCUUCGUAUUCCCGUUGACUAUUAUAGCAGUGCUGUAUUUGCUGAUUGCAAUCUCGCUGCGUCAUGCUGCACUACAACGAGUUGCUUCGCAGGAAACUAAAUGCCAACUAGGAACGCCUGUGACGCAGUCAGGGAAGUCGGUGUUCCGUAUGCUAGUUGCUGUAGUCGUCGCCUUUUUUACUUGUUGGGCACCAUUUCACGCACAAAGAUUGCUCACCAUAUACAACCGUGUGUGGACGCCGUUACUCCUAGACAUUCAAAGCGCACUAUUUUAUAUUUCAGGAGUGCUUUAUUUUGUUGGUUCUACAGUUAACCCAAUUCUGUACAAUGUGAUGUCAAAGCGCUACAGAGAGGCAUUUCGGGAAACGAUAUGCAACUGUAGGCGUAAACGUACAUUGAAUCUGAGAAACAGUGGCCUUCAUCAGUCUUAUUACUCUAGUAAAGCAUCUAGAGCAACUCCGACACGCACAAUUUUACGACAAACUGACUCCGCCGAAAGAAAUCACGUGAUGAGAUCUGAUACGAUACAAACACAAGUUAGUCUUUCAUUGAACGGAAACAGUGACGAAAUAUGUGAUCCGCAUAGGGAACAGUUACUUCCGGAGGGAGCAGAAACCCGUUGUUGUGAUAAGUCAUGGACAGAAAACAGAAAUAAACCGGUUUGUUGUAAGGUCUGUGUUUCUGAACAGAGGGAUAAAAUCCCAUCACCGCAUUAUGAACGCCAAGGAUUAUUAUAUCACACUAGCUCCGCCGAUAGCGCAUGUUGAAGGUUAUGUUACAUUCGGUGUUGAGAUUCAUAAUACGCUUUUGUACUUUGAAAUAUAUUCUGAAAGAGCUUUGCGACAUUUUGAUAAAUAUCCCUUUAGGAGAUUAUAUUAUGUUUACCUUCAAAUUCCAAAGUGUAAAACAGGUUUUCUGAAUAUUGCGCAACAUCAGUGAUAAAUAUUUGAGACAUUGCAGGAGAAAUUAUGUUACGUAUGGAUUAUGCCAUUCUUAGUAAAAGACAAAUUGUUUUAUAAGUAAUCGUAUAACAAUGUAUAAUUUUGGUAACUUGAACAGACUGCUCAUUCACUUUAAAGGAUCACGCCUCAAAAUAAAUAUGUUUGAAAUAGACCUGUUUAAAAUGUAACCUAGGUUUUACAUAUCUGUUUUAAUUUUAUCAUUAUCAUUUUAUAAAUACUAACCAAUGAAAAGAGCUUAUGAUAUUUAGAUUACAGCCACCCAAGUCUGGAGGUAUCUGCAAUUCUUUAAAGAAACUUUUGAAAGCUGAAAUAUGUAAAUGAUUCGCUAUAAAAGAGCGUUGUGGUUAAAAUAGAAGUGUAUAUUUGUACUUGGAAAAAUAUGAGGCACACAAAUACGUAUGUCUUAUAUGUUUCUUUAAAGGUAUGGUGUACAAAGUUCACCAUUCACCUGGGAGAGCAAGACCUGUUCUGGUUUACAUUCUCUAUAUUCUUCUGUCAAAGCAUCACGGGGGACAUGACGUACCCUCACACGCACGGGCUCUUGGCUUGUAGUAUUGUGUCCUACCUACUUCUUAACCUGUCAGACAUAAGUAAAACAUUUAAGGGACUUUCUCCAGAAAUAACAGGUAGCAAAGAACAGACCUUACCACAUUUCUAUCAAUUUCAAAUGAUUCAUUUAAGUCUACAAAAUAUAUUAUUAUUAUAUAUUAUGAUUAUAUUGCUUGUCGGUAAAUAGUCAACACUAUUUGCCAGAGAUCCAGUAAAUGCAUUAGAAAUAAAUGUUCACGGAUUUGUUUUCAAAUUCUGACAUUAGCCCAGCAAAAUGACAUUCUAUUGAAUAUAGAUCAGUCAAAAAGCUCAAACUAUGGAUCGUCGUUUUAUAUGAGGAGACGUGUAAAAUAUAAACUUGAGGAUAAUUAACUUUUGACUUUUGACCCACAAGCCAUUCAAUAUCUGUUUAUUACUUGGCAUCAGAAAUAAAGUUUCAUAUCUUU